GAAAGGAAAAGGGAGACAGAGCAACCUUUUUUUACGGCUAAAAACCAACAAAAGCCACCGGGCCUCCAGGUAGGCCUCCAAGAUGGCGACCACGAAUCUGGAGAUAGCCAGGACUCAUGCUCCCUUUUACCUUCCUUGCAAGAUAGAGAAGGCCAAAUAAUGCCAUCCAUCCUACAAAAGAUGCUGGAUGCACAAUCCAAACAACUGCUAGCCCAAUUCCACUCAUCCAUUUUGGAGCUGAAAAAGGAAAUCCACGGCAUUGGUGACAGGAUGGCACAUCUGGAAACCAAAGUGGAAAAGCAAGUGACCACACACAACUCCCUGGUAACUAAAAUCCAGCAAAUAGAGUUGCACCUGUCCACACAUGACACCAAACUCGCUGAUCUAGAAGGCCUAUCCCGCCGGAACAACUUGAGGCUGAGAGGGAUGCCGGAAUCUGUGGCAGUGGGAGGCCUGCAGGCUUUGGCUACAGGUAUAUUCCAAACUAUAUGCCCUGCCAAAAUGCUCCUCCUAGACUGCAUACAUGGAGUAGCAAAAGCGCGUGCAGCACCAGCCUCAGUGCCUAAAGACAUACUGUUUCGUGCCCACUACCACCACAUAAAAGAAGAGAUACUUAGAGCCAGUAGGAAUGCCAAAUCCCUGACUGAAGCAUAUAAAGAUUUACAAUUUUUGCAGAUAUUUCUGAAGCUACAUUAG